AUGGCUAAGUAUAAAGUAGAGGUGACGACCGGUGACAUGGACUACGCAGGGACGUGGGAUCGCAUCUACGUCACCUUAAUUGGGACAAAAGGCCAGAGUGAGCGGACUGAGUUGAACAGCUUCGGCAUCAACUUUAAUGCUGGAGCGGUUGAGACCUUCACUGUAACGACACCAUUCUCUCUGGGAAGAAUUCUGCUGCUCAAACUAGAAAAAGACUUUAAGAUUUUCCUCCCUGAAAACAUGUGGUUCUGCUCCAAAAUAGUGGUGACGACCCCAGAAGGAGACGUCAUCCUUUUCCCCUGUCACAGUUGGAUGUAUAAUGGAGACGUAAUAGAGAUAAGAGGAGGAAGAGCAAUGAAGAUUUUCGAGGAUGACCAUCAGCUGUUGAACGAACACAGGAAGAAUGAACUGUUACUGAAAAGACUCAUAUUUCAAUUUGAGAGUGUUGUAAAGGGGCUGCCACAUUUCUCUACAAUUAAUGAUGUUGCUCGAGUCCCGGUGAAUCUCUGCCUCUCGACGUCCAAACUAUCAGAAACACAGGACGUGCAGAGGAAGACGAUUUUUGAGUUCAUUCUUAAGGGGAUGCUCAGAUCAACAAAAAGAUGGGAAAACAUUGAUGACCUGAAAAAAAUAUUCUGGCACCACAAGACACAAAUAUCAGACUAUGUGGCAGAGCACUGGAAGGAAGAUGAGUUUUACGGAUUCCAGUUUCUGAAUGGAGCUAAUCCCAAUCCAAUAAAACGCUGUUCAGAGCUUCCUCCAAACUUCGCGGUAACAGAGGAGAUGAUGAAGCCGUUCCUGGAGGAAGGAACAACUCUGCAAAAUGAAAUGGAGAAAGGAAACAUAUUAAUCGUUGAUAAGAAGAUAAUGGAAGGAAUACCAACAAGAGUAAUUGAUGGUGAACCUGUGUUCGUGGCUUCGGGUUUCUGCUUGUUCUACGUGACCCCAGAAGGCAAACUGAGGCCGAUUGCGAUACAGCUGCGACAACAACCCUCGGAGACGAACCCCAUUUUUCUGCCCAGUGACUCAGAGACAGACUGGCUGUUGGCCAAGCUGUUUUUCAAAAGUGCUGAUUUACUUCACCAUCAGCCAGUCUAUCACCAGCUGAAUACGCACUUCGUGGGAGAGUCCUUUAACCUCUCCACAAUGAGGAACCUCCCUGAGAUUCACCCUAUCUACAAGCUGCUCAUCCCACACUUUAGAUACAGUCUCUACUCAAAUGUCAAUGGCCGAGGAGUUCUUUUCUCACCAAAGGGACCAUUAACCAAAAGCUCACUGGGAUACGACGGUCUGCUGGAGAUCAUGAGACGGGGUUUAAAAGAAGUCACCUACACCUCCCUGUGUCUGCCAGACAACAUGGCCGCCAGAGGACUGGAGUCUGUCCCCAACUUCUACUACAGAGACGACGGUCUGAAGCUGUGGGACAUUGUCAACAGAUUUGUCAAGGCUGUGAUUGAGUACUACUACCCCUCAGACGAUGACGUACAGAAUGACUCUGAGCUGCAGACCUGGAUCGGUGAAAUAUUCACUCAUGGUUUCUUAGGCAACAAAGCCUCAGGGAUUCCAGAAAGCUUUAAUACUGCUGAGGAAGUGAUCAAGUUCAUCACUAUGAUCAUCUUCAAUUCAUCUGGUCAACAUGCUACAGCAAACCAUUCACAGUUUGACUAUUACACCUGGACGCCCAACGGCACGCUCCUCUUGGUGACACCUCCUCCAACCACAAAGGGCCAAUCAAACAUGAAGUCGAUCUUGGAUUCCUUCCCAAAUAUCGGAGACACAGUCAUUUUUGCACUAACAGUGUUGACGGUUUCAACCAAAUACACAGACUUUGUCCCAAUGGGUUCAUACCCUGAGGAGCGAUUCGAUGAACCCGUCCCCAAGCAGAUAAUCAAAGACUUUCAAGCAGAACUGAAACAACUCAGUGAAACUAUUGACGCAAGAAACUCACGACUUGAAGUUCCCUACAAUUAUUUCAACCCCAGUCAGAUUGAGAACAGUAUAAAUGUUUAA